CAGUCCCAGUCUAGGUGUAUUCCUGCAUCAUGCCCAGUGUUUAUUCAGUUAAGUUCUGGAUAAAGUAACUGAUUCUCUUAGCAGUAAUUAAUCAAUAAGUAUUGGUAUUGUUAGCUGUGGUUAAGUGCACAGUAAAAAUAAUUAUAAUUAAUAAAACAUAAAAAAGGCACAUAAAUACCAUAUGUAUACGAACAAUAUUUGAAAUGCCUCGAUUAAAUGCCUCCUGGGUGGCUUAGUGGUUAGCACUGACACGUUGCACCUCCAUGGUCUGGGUUCGAUUCCCUCCUCAGGUCUGUGUGCAUGGAGUUUGCUUGUUCUUCUUCAAUGACAUGCAAAUUAAGCUGAUUGGCAUUCCCAAAUUGCCCGUAGUGUAUGUGUGUACCCUGCGAUGGAUUGGCACCCUGUCCGAGGUGUACCCCCACCUUGUGCCUUAAGUCUCCUGGGAUAGGCUCCACGCCCCCCGUGACACUGUAUACAGGAUAAUGCGGUAUAGAUGAUGAGUGAGUGAGUGAAUAGCUCGUUUGCACACUUUAGCCUUAAAAAUGAUGAAUUUCCCAUAUAUACUACUGUAGAAUACAGUUAUAAAACAGGCGACUUAUAACAAUUGCGACCCGAAUGGCCUUCCACAGUGCAUUACAUUACAGAACGGUGCACACCAUCUGCGGCGUUUUGAUUUGAGAACCGCCACUGGGACAAGGUUGAGCAGGGGGGCAGUUGUCAGUGGAAGGGGGUAGUUUGUUGGUGUUGCUCCCAGUACACUUGCUCAGUGUGGAAACCCAAUAGGAGGGAGGUUUGUGCACUAUGGUCAGCUGAAGCACGGCAGCUAAAAAUAAUCCCCCCGCACUACUGUCCUGCCCGUGAUUACGCUGCUGUCUCCAACAAACUUCCAGCUCUGGGAAUGAAACCGUCCUAAUACCACCAUCUUCCACAAUCUUUGGUCCAAUCAGGCAGCAUGGCCUUGUCAUUCUGCGGGAACGACCUCAACGACUCCUACAGUGUCACCAAAGGGGUCCUGAAUAACGGCUGCUUCGUGGAUGCCCUCAACCUUGUUCCACAUGUCUUCUUACUCUUCAUUACCUUCCCUAUCCUCUUCAUUGGUUGGGGCAGUCAGAGCUCGAAAGUGCAAAUCCACCACAACACAUGGCUGCACUUCCCUGGCCACAAUAUACGCUGGAUUCUGACCUUCACGUUACUUUUCGUGCACGUGUGCGAGAUCGCCGAGGGAAUCGUCUCCAACACGGAGAUGAAAUCUAAUCAUUUGCACCUUUUUCUACCUGCAUUAAUGGGAUUUAUAGCAGCUACUACAUCAGUGGUGUAUUACCACAAUAUUGAAACAGCCAACUUCCCCAAAUUACUUCUAGCACUGUUCAUCUAUUGGGUGCUGGCGUUCAACACCAAAAUCAUCAAGCUGUGGCAGUUUGCUGAGGUAGGAGUUGGCAUACAGCAUCUCCGCUUCUGCAUCACGGCCCUGCUUGUGGUGCUGUACGGCCUGCUUAUGGCUGUCGAGAUCAACGUCAUACGGGUCAGGAAAUAUGUCUUCUAUGCUAACCCUCAGCGGGUGAAGCCACCAGAGGACCUGCAGGAUCUGGGUGUGCGCUUCCUCCAGCCUUUCGUGAACCUGCUCUCCAAGGCCACAUACUGGUGGAUGAACCCGCUGAUAAUGGGUGCUCACAAGAGGCCCAUCGAGCUGAAAAAGAUUGGCAAGCUGCCCAUCGCCAUGAGGGCUGCGACCAAUUACAUGCGUCUGAGGGAUGCUUAUGAAGAGCGGAGAGAGAAUGCAGAGGACCUGGAAAAGACACCAUCCAUAUGGAGGUCCAUGUACCGCGCGUUCGGUCGGCCCAUCCUUCUCAGCAGCACCUUCCGCUACAUAGCUGACCUCCUGGGCUUUGCUGGACCACUUUGCAUUUCUGGAAUUGUAGAGAACCUGAACCAGGAGAAUAGGACUGAAGACUUCAAUAUGACCAAGGUAGAGGAUCUACCAUUUGGCGUCUACUUCAUGUCCUCCACGGAGCUCUUCAAAAAGGCGUAUGUCCUGGCUGUGCUUCUCUUCUUGGCUCUGGUGCUCCAGCGCACCUUUUUACAAGCCUCCUACUACGUCACUAUAGAAACAGGCAUCAACCUACGCGGAGCACUGUUGGCAAUGAUCUACAACAAGAUUUUGCGUCUCUCCACCUCCAACAUGUCUAUGGGCGAGAUGACCCUGGGACAGAUCAACAACCUGGUGGCAAUUGAGACCAACCAGCUGAUGUGGUUCCUGUUUCUGUGCCCGAACUUGUGGGCAAUGCCGGUUCAAAUCAUAAUGGGCGUCAUCCUGCUGUAUUACUUGUUGGGGUCCAGCGCGCUUAUCGGUGCACUGGUCAUCGUGCUGCUGGCCCCCAUCCAGUACCUCAUCGCCACCAAGCUGGCCGACACACAGAAAAACACCCUGGACUACUCAACAGACCGUUUGAAAAAAACCACAGAGAUCCUAAAGGGCAUAAAGCUGCUGAAGUUGUAUGCCUGGGAAAACAUUUUCUGUGACAGUGUACUCGACACCAGGAACAAGGAACUCACUAGCCUCAGGACGUUUGCGUUUUAUACAUCCAUGUCUAUCUUUAUGAAUGCAGCCAUCCCUAUUGCUGCUGUGUUAGUGACCUUUGUUACUCAUGCAUAUAUCAGCGAACCUGAGAACAAGCUGAGUCCAGCUCAGGCAUUCGCAUCUCUGGCUCUCUUCCACAUCCUGGUCACGCCGCUCUUCCUGCUCUCCACUGUAGUACGAUUCGCAGUUAAGGCUCUGGUCAGUGUUCAAAAGCUGGGCGAGUUCCUGCAGAGUGAAGAGAUCGGCGAUGACAGCUGGAGAAAUGGAGACAUGCCGAUGGCUUACGAGUCCUAUAAGAAAUCCUCUGGGGGAACGAAGGUGAUAAAUAGGAAGCAGCCGCUCCGUUAUCAAAUGGAUAACUACGAUCAGCCGAUUCGCAGGCCGCUGCGCCCCACCGAGACCGAGGACGUCGCCGUGAAGGUGAACGACGGAUGCUUCACAUGGGGGAGCAACAUGUCAACCCUGUCUGACAUCAACAUCCGCAUUCCCUCAGGUCAGCUAACCAUGAUCGUGGGCCAGGUGGGUUGUGGGAAAUCCUCACUUCUAUUAGCCAUGCUGGGCGAGAUGCAGAACCUCAGUGGGAAAGUCUACUGGAGCAAUAAAAACAGGUACUCAGUAGCAUACGCAGCUCAGAAGUCUUGGCUGCUUAAUGCUACUGUAGAGGAAAACAUCACAUUUGGCAGUCCCUUUAACAAGCAGAGAUACAAGGCUGUGAUUGACGCUUGCUCGCUGCAGCCAGAUAUCGAUAUCCUUCCCUUCAUGGAUCAGACUGAAAUUGGAGAAAGGGGAAUAAAUCUCAGUGGAGGACAGAGGCAGAGGAUCUGUGUGGCCAGAGCUCUGUAUCAGAACACCAACAUUGUUUUUCUGGAUGACCCGUUUUCUGCCCUGGACAUCCAUCUAAGUGACCAUCUCAUGCAGGAGGGCAUCCUCAAGUUCCUGCAAGAUGAUAAGCGCACCGUGGUCCUAGUUACACACAAGCUUCAGUACCUCAUUCACGCAGACUGGAUCAUAGCAAUGAAGGAUGGCUCUGUGUUGAGAGAGGGGACGCUGAAGGACAUCCAGACACAUGAUUUGGCGCUGUAUGAACACUGGAAGACUCUCAUGAACAGGCAGGACCAAGAACUAGAGAAGGACACAGAUAUUGAGAGUCAGACUACUCUUGAGAGGAAAACACUGCGAAGAGCUUUCUAUUCAAGAGAUGCCAAGAACCAAAUUGAUGAUGAAGAUGAAGAAGAGCAAGAGGAGGAAGAGGAGGACGACAACAUGUCCACUACAACAAGCCGGCGUUCAAAAAUCCCCUGGAGGGUUUGCUGGUGUUAUUUGUCCUCUGGAGGAUUUCUCUUGGUUUUUAUGAUGAUCACCUCCAAGCUGGCCAAGCACUCUGUCAUGGUGGCCAUUGAUUACUGGCUGGCAGCAUGGACCUCAUCAAGCCCAAAUAAUAACAGCGAUUUCAUCAAUAACUUGGAUGCCAAUGCCACCAACUACACUCAGGAGUACAGAACCAGGCAAAGUGCCGAGCAUCAAGCCUAUUUGCCAGUAUUCAUUAUUCUGUGUGGAGCAGGAAUAGUCCUCUGUCUCAUCACAUCCCUGACUGUUGAGUUUUUGGGCCUUGCUGCUGCCAGUAAUCUGCAUCAUAACUUACUCAACAAGAUCAUCCAUGCUCCAGUCAGAUUCUUUGACAUUACCCCACUUGGUCAAAUUCUCAACCGUUUCUCUGCAGAUACCAACAUUAUCGAUCAGCACAUUCCUCCUACCCUGGAGUCUCUCACUCGAUCCACACUUCUCUGUCUCUCGGCCAUUGGCAUCAUCGCUUUCGUUACACCGGCCUUCCUUGUUGCCCUGGUGCCCCUCGGCGUGGCCUUUUACUUCAUCCAGAAGUAUUUCCGGGUUGCAUCGAGAGAUCUGCAGGACCUAGAUGACUCCACUCAGCUUCCUUUGCUCUGCCAUUUUUCAGAAACUGCAGAAGGCCUCACCACCAUACGAGCAUUCAGGCACGAAGCACGCUUCAGGCAGCGUAUGCUGGACCUGACUGACACCAACAACAUAGCAUACCUCUUCCUCUCUGCUGCCAACCGGUGGCUAGAAGUCAGAACAGAUUAUUUGGGUGCAGUUAUUGUCCUGACAGCUGCAGUAGCGGCCAUCUGGAUGUCUUCUUACGGAGUCCAGCCUGGACUGGUUGGACUCGGCCUAACAUACGCUCUCACAGUGACUAAUUAUCUGAACUGGGUUGUGAGGAACCUGGCAGAUCUGGAGGUCCAGAUGGCAGCGGUGAAGAAGGUUAAUAGUUUCCUGAGCACAGAGUCAGAGAACUAUGAGGGUUCCAUAGAUGUCUCCCAGGUUCCAGAGGACUGGCCUCAGCAUGGCGAAAUUAAGAUCCAGGACUUGUGCGUGAGAUAUGACCCCAUACUGAAACCUGUUCUUAAGCAUGUCAAUGCUUUCGUCAACCCUGGUCAGAAGGUGGGCAUUUGUGGGAGGACAGGCAGUGGAAAGUCUUCUCUGUCUCUGGCCUUUUUCAAUAUGGUGGACGUUUUUGAAGGAAAAAUCGUUAUUGAUGGCAUCGAUAUCUGUAAACUGCCUCUUCAGACGCUGAGAUCCAGGAUGUCCAUCAUUCUUCAGGAUCCAGUACUGUUCAGUGGCUCUAUCCGUUUUAACCUGGACCCAGAAUGCACCUGCACUGACGACCGGCUUUGGGAGGCGCUGGAAAUUGCCCAGCUGAAGAAUAUGGUCAAAGCACUCCCAGGAGGACUUGAUGCAGUGGUAACUGAAGGAGGAGAGAACUUCAGCGUAGGCCAGAGGCAACUGUUCUGCCUCGCCAGAGCCUUUGUGCGUAAGAGCAGCAUCCUCAUCAUGGACGAGGCCACGGCGUCCAUCGACAUGGCAACGGAGAACAUUCUACAGAAGGUUGUGAUGACAGCGUUUGCUGACCGCACCGUCGUCACCAUAGCACACCGGGUUCACACUAUCCUGACGGCUGAUCUCGUGAUCGUGAUGAAGAGAGGGAACAUACUCGAGUACGGGAAACCAGAGGAGCUGAUGGAGCAGGAGGACGGCAUAUUCGCCUCCUUCGUCAAAGCGGACAUGUAGACACACUAUCCAUCACUACAUACCUCCACACAUACAUACACACACCCACACACUGCUGACGUACAAGGAAGGAAGAAACGAGUUAUUUCUUAUUUUAUAAACAGGCAGAUUUUCCAGUCUGCCUGUUCCUUUGACAUUUUAAACAAUUUACAUUAUAUCCUUGCAGUAUUUUUAUUUUAUUUUAUUUUUGGUUCGUGGUUCUUCAAAUUUUUCAUAUUACGUUAAUGAUACAUGUGUGUUAAUGUGCGAAAUAGCAUCUAUACAGUAUAUAAAGGAAAAACUGGUACUUACACUGUACGCGGUUGUCAGCACAUUUGGGAGCUGACGCGACCUGUCUGUCUAACGUGCAUUGCUGAAAUUCCUUCUGGAGACUUCUAGCACCACAGAGGCACUUAUACUAUGCAAAAUGUUUUUUUUUUUUAUAUAUAUAUAUCAAGACAUUAUAUAUACUAUAUCAUUUGCCCUGUUGUAAUGAAGUAAGAAUGUGAGGUAGAACUUGUGCUUACUGGGGAUGGCCAGAGCACAGAAAAUAUUUUAUUUACAACACAGGGCUGUAAUCUAUUUCUGUUCACCUCUCAUAUGUCUGUCUUUGCUUUUAGUCUCUCUGGCGUCUAUGUUCCACACGAACAGAACAUAAUUUCUAGCUGAGACCUUUUGUCUGGCCUAGCUCCUUUCUGCCACAUAGAUAGGGAGCAUAAACUGUUUUUCCCCCAAGACUGGAUGCAGACCUGCCUACGUAUAUUUUUCUGUAUGAUGUACUAUUUUCUGUGGUGAUUAUAUUUAGGAUAAAUCCAUACUUGGUUAACAUAAUACUGACCAGAGGUAUGGUUUAAACAGGAUCAUCAAAAGUUUACACUUCUUUGCUGGGUCCCAACCUUCUUGAACUCUUCAACUCUUAAAAAUCAGUUGGCAUUUUUCAAGUCUUUCAACCUUUUUGAAUUUUAAAGUUGUAAAUAUUCACAUUUACACAAUGGUUGUGCUGCACAGUGCUGACCUUAAUUGAUAAUAGUGUGCUAAAGCACUUUAUGAUCAUCAUUUGACUUUUAAACAUAGCAUUAUGGGUUUUUGAUGCAGCCAAGGACUGAAGGUCCUACCACGAUCAUACAAAUGGGAAUAAAUAAAAUGGUCACCAUUGGCCUCCACGGUCCCUAGUUGGAAUACAGAGGUUCCUUGAUGGAUAGAUGGAUGGAUUGAUGGAUGGAUGGAUGGAUGGAUGGAUGGAUAGAUAGAUACAGCCUAGGCAGACAAACGUUGCAGAGUGAAAGCGAAGGUUUCUGAGUCAGCCAUGUUGAUUUGAAUGCGUAGUGGAUUGAGAAGUGAGCACCGGCUGUCAUUUGUACGAGACCUGUUGACAAGCAUUCCAAGACAUUUGUUAUAGUAGUAGUUUUGGCUCAAUCUAAUGUGAUUGUGAAAGUCUCUGGAUUUGUACACAUCAGAGCCCAGACUCUACUAAGGUCCUUAGACAGUAAUUGUACACACUGAUAAGCCUCUGUAAGCCUAGGCAGGCCUGCAGACGACGUGGAGCGCUCUCAGAGUGGAAUGGCUGUGAUUUUUUUUCCAAUUUUUCUUAAACCAAAUGCACUAGUACUCACUAAGCCAAGCUAGGGAUUACUUUAAAAUAACCCUUGCGUCUUUUCUGACUGCUACUCGUCCAAUGUGGAGGAGAUGCUCUUUGCCAUCUUCCAUGUGUAUGAGCUGCUAUACACUUAACACUUGACUAUCGCUACUCUUCAGAGAGUAACACCAUCCCUCGCAUACAGACAGGAGGGCCAGUUACGUUCUCUCUUGGACUCUCAGACAUGGAUGGCUGGGCGAACGCUUGCAUCCCUUAGGAGUUAUAUAAAAGAGGCCAUCUGCAUAACCCUGGGACAGUUGUAUCUGGGGAGGGCUUCACUUAACACCUACUCACAAUGCCAUCCUAACAUCUUUAGCCCAGCUGCGUCACACCAAUUCACACCUCUAUAUUCCAAUAACUGUCCUGUGACAUUAACUCUAUAAAUCUUGGGCAGAGGAUUUUUUUUCCAUAUCUUAAAGCAUAAUAUUCAGUAACUACUAUGACUUCUCGUACCUAUUAGGAAACACUGGGAAUUUGACUGAUCGUCUAGGGUUUAACAGGUUUAAUGACGUCAUAAAUGUGAAUCAUUACAGAGGUUUAAAUAUCAGAUUUUUUCCCACCAUGUCAGUAGAACUGAUGAGCAAUGAAACUUGUACAGAUUUUUUACACAAGUCCAGCUGUUCUGCUUUAUUCCCAUUAGACAUAAACUUCAGAUUAAACUUUGCUAAGUUUGGCCAAGUAAACUUUUAUAUCUCUUCUCUAGAUGCUUUUACAGCCAGCAGAGUUUUUAUAGAGAGAUGUUUCUUCUUUAUCAAACCAAUCACACCCCCUUUUCUUUGGCUGUAAUAUUUAUCAUACAGCGGUACUGUAUGCCAAUGUCUGCCAAGACUAAUGGAAUAUACACGUUGUGAUAUGCACACUGCUUUCUCCACAGCAAGGACAAAUGAGUAUUUAUACAGUAUGUAUUUUCAUACGAUGCACCAUGUUGUGCACAAUCCCAGUGGUAUGCAAUAUUUCUUACAAGCAUUUUGUGCUGAAUUGUCUUAAUGUACAUAUGUAAUUACUGUAAGCAGCAUAAAUCGUUAACACUAUAUUGUGUGCCCACCUUUUUUUUGUUUUCUUCUAUUUUUUUUUUUUACAAAUGAAUAAAAGCUGGAGUGAA